AUGUGGUUUACAAAUAGUAAUAAAGAAAAAGAUUCAAAAGAACAAUUUGCAACUACUGAAGAUUUUACAAAUACUUCAUCAAAUAAUUCAAUAUCUUUACAAUCAUCAAAACCCCCCAUUGCCAAACAAGAUGUUAGCAGAACUCAAAGAAAAUUACAUAAUAGACAUAUUCAAUUAAUUGCAAUUGGAGGAUCAAUAGGUACAGGAUUAUAUGUUACUAUUGGAACAACAGGUUUAGUAAAUGGUGGACCAUUAGGUUUAUUAUUAUCUUAUUGUAUAUCAACAUUAUUAACUUUAUUGUUAACAACAGCGAUGGGAGAAAUAGUAUGUUAUGCACCAUUUGAUUCACCAUUUUUAAAUAUGGCAGGUAGAGUUGUUGAUGAAUCAUUUGAAGUGGCUGCAUCAGUAAAUUUUUGGUUAAUGCAAGCAUUAUAUGUACCAUUUGAAAUUACUGCAGUUAAUACAAUUAUACAUUUUUGGAGAGAUGAUUAUUCACCAGCUAUAACAUUAUGUAUACAAAUUGCAAUAUAUGCUGCAAUAAAUCUUUAUGCAGUUAGAAUAUUUGGAGAAUUUGAAUUUGCUUGUUCUUUAUUAAAACUAUUAUUAUGUAUUGGUUUAAUUAUUUUUACAAUAGUUUCAAUGUGUGGUGGUGUAAAAGGUCAAAGUGCUUUUGGAUUUCAAAAUUGGCAUUAUGGAUUAUUUGCAACUAAUUAUGCAACUGGAAGAUUAGGACAAUUUCAAGGAUUUUUAACAAGUUUAAGAAUGUCAAGUUCUUUUACUUGUGUUGGAAGUGAAUAUUUAAGUAUGACUGCUGGAGAAGCAGUAAACCCAAGAAAAACAUUACCAAUUGCUUAUAGAACUGUCUUAUAUAGAUUAGUUGUAUUUUAUAUUGGUGGUGCAUUAUGUGUUUCAAUCUUGGUUAGAUAUAAUGAUCCUGGUUAUGUUAAUGCUGCUUCAAAUUCAGGUAGUAGUCCAUAUGUAUAUGCAGCAAGGAAUUUAGGUAUAAAUGCAUUACCAGAUAUCAUAAAUGCAGUUGUUUUAACAUCAGCUUUUAGUGCUGGAUGUAGUUAUACUUACACAUCAUCAAGAUCAAUGUAUAAUUUAGCUUUAAAAGGUUAUAUACCAAAAUUUUUUAAAAUUUGUACAUCAAGAGGAAUUCCCAUUUAUUGUGUAUUUGUAUCAAUAUGUUUUUCAUUAUUAUCAUUAUUACAAUUAAGUAGUUCAAGUGCAAAAGUUUUAAAUUAUAUGGUUAAUUUAUGUACUGGAUCUCAAUUAUUAAAUUAUGGAUUUAUGUGUAUUAUUUAUAUUGGAUUUUACAGAGCAACAAAAGCUCAAGGUAUAGAUAGAUCAAGUUUUACAUAUAGAUCUUGGUUUCAACCAUAUUCAAUAUAUUUUGUUACAAUAAUUUAUUGGUGUAUUAUUGGUAUAUUAGGUUAUCCAGUAUUUAUGCCAGGUAAUUGGUCAACUGAUGAUUUUUUAUUUAGUUAUGUUAUGAUAUUUGUUUCAUUAGCGGUGUUUUUAAGUUGGAAAAUUAUCAAAAGAACAAAAUUUAUAAAACCAAUUGAUGCUGAUUUAACUUCAGGUUUAGAUGAAAUUGAAGCUCAUGAAUUUGAAUAUUAUCAAAAUUUAAAAUCAAAAAAUGGUAAAGAAGGUGAUGAAGAAAGUGAUUUAGAAGAAAAAAGAAGUAUUUUUAAAAGAAUCAUGGAUUGGCUCUUUUAA